UUCAUCCACAUUAUUCAAAGAAAACCCACUGAACUGUUAGCUAGCUGUCCAACAUAUUCUUGUCCGUGAAAGGCACAUUCUUGACGAAAAAUGCCCGAAUUUUCCCUGGUUUCCGGUUUCCUGCUGAUGAACCUGGUGGCUUUAGCCCAACCCGAGUGCUGCGAUGUUAAAAAUGUGACAGGUUCUGUAGAUGAUGUGUUGGAUGGUGUUUACUACCUAAAUGCUGUGGAUGAUGUUAAGAGGAUGGAUAUCUGUAAAGAUGGAUGCGUUUAUCUCAAGGAGAAUGUGGACGAUAAACUUUUCUGCUUUAUGGAAGUUCCGAUUGUAGAAGCCUCUGAUAUCGACUGUAAGGAAAUAACAGCUGAAGAAGUUGCAGAACUCAGACAAGAGUUAGAAGCCCUUGAAGAAGUAGCUAAAGCACUGCUCAACAUUGUUGAAAUGCUUGAGCUUCUUGAGCAACGAGUCUCAUCUGGUCGUGUAAGACGUGAUGAUGUUCCUGCUCCAACCACGUGCGAGGAUCUCACAAACUACAUUGAAAAAAUCAAAACCUCUAAGGGAGUUGACGCUUUGCCAUACGCCAUUGCCAUGGAUACGUACUUUAAAGGAGUUGUGAAUGAAGAGUCACCAUACAUUUCGUGUGAGUCUCUUAAGGCAGAGGUAAAGGCUACUGUGGAGAAGGUUGAAAAAGCCAAGAAGGAAGUUGCCAAUAAGAUUCCACCGGAACAAAAGAUCCCAACUACCGAACCCGUUGAUACAACAACCGCCGAACCCGUCGAUACAACAACAGCCGAACCUGUCGAUACAACAACCGCCGAACCCGUCGAUACAACAACUGCCGAACCCGAUGAUGGAGUUUCCAAUACAACAACUGCAGAACCCAUCGAUACAACAACUGAUAUAUUUUACUUGUUUGAAAUGCCUGUCAAGGUUGUUUACACACCUUCCGCCUUUUUCUGAUUUAUUCUUCAGAGGAAAAAAAUAAAGCAAUCCGAUUACAAUAACAUUUGGUCAGAAUAUUAAAUUUCAUCUUUUUGAUUUUAAAUAUAUAAUUAGAUUUUA